AUGUCCGAAAUGGCUGCUUCCGGUCUCUCCGCGGACCCUUCCGACCCUGGCUACCACUCGCAGUCAGGUACCGAACACGACAUGGCUAGUCCUACUCUUCCUCGGAUACCAUUGUUCGUACCAGCUCAGUAUUGGAAUUACCAUGUGCAUUCGCCCGUCGGCUAUCACGGUUAUCCCAUUCAACAGUACUCGAGCGGCUUCGAGGUGACUCCCUUUAGCCUAUCAUAUGACUCCUGCGAGCACUGGCAACACGAGUACAACACUCUUCCCUCGAAUACGGCUACUCUCGACUCCGUCAUCCAAGAACUUGACCCUGACAACUCCCUCGGAACCACUGGUAUUGCAAAGAGCUCAAAGCUCACCGCCACAGCGCCCCCAUUCGUGCCCGUCAAGUCCUCGACGCUCAACGCAGCAGCACCAAUCUUUCUCUUAAGCCGCGUAGCAAUCUUCGAUCCUCCAGCCGGUGACCUCGCAAAGCGUCCUCGCAAGUACAACCGCGUCCUCUCCGAUGCGCGCAACGACAAGAUCACCGACGCGCUCGUGAUGAUGCGGCGCCCACGCGAUGGACAAGUCGGCCGCUUCACCGAAGAGACCACGUACGAGUUCAACAAGGGCUGGCACUUCAAUGACCCCGUACUCGCUGAGAUGUACCACACGAUGAUCGCGCCGAAGAAACACAACUUUGCUGCUUUCGCCCUGCGGGUCAACAUCCGGCCUGUCAACGAUGCACCUCCGCUCUGGCCGCCUUAUAUGAAUCUCUUCGAUAUCAAGUCUUACUACCUUGAAGUCGUGGAGAAAGACAGCGUGAAACAGGCGAAAUGGGUUACCAUAUUGCCUAAUGGCUCGCCGCCAACUGCCGAGACUAUCCACAUCUACGAAACAGACAAGAAGGAAUGGGUGUCUUUCGGUGAUUGGCUCGCGAAGAACAUCAAGUCGCGCGAAUGGCUCGGUCGCCUUGGCUAUCACUUGCAGUUCAAGUGGUACAAGAGCAAGGGCAGCAAACGUCGCUUCGAGGACUUUCCAGCUGAGAUCCGAGAGAAGAUUUACAAGGCCGCGCUUGGCGGUGAAGUAUACCCGCUGAACAGUUUGUGCACCGCUGAAGGGUACACCUGCUUCUGGCCCGAUGGAGAGCCGGAAUCUGAAGCUCAGCUAACUCUGGGGCUGGGCUAUCACCCCGGUUUGUUUAUGCGUGUAAAGGGUGAGGCACUGUUGGCGUCUCCAUGGGAUGAAAACCGUGUGCCGGAAGAUCGACCUCCUGUGCACAAACCGAGUCUCUCGCUUUCGGCGGUGAACUCCACGAUCCGCGACGAGUUCCUCCAUUUUGCCUGGGUACGAAUGCGUAGCCGGUUCUUCACACCAGACCUGUUCGUUCUAGCCAUUAAAGCGUGGGCGGGUCCCGCGAUGGCUUACCAGCAUCUGACUAAGAUCGAGUUGAACUUCACGAAUGUGGAGUGGUUUGAGUUCUUCGGCGUUAGUCUGCUUUAUUCUCCGAUCGCGAUUACUGCUUCUGAGUCAAUGGGUUCUUGUCUUCAAAAGCUUGACAACCUCCGUGACUUACAUCUCCGCUUUCGGACACCAUAUGACGGCUACCAGGGCAGCCCCUGGGGCUGUAGACCCGAUAAACAUCGAUUGCCUCGGUAUGGAGGAGAAGAUUACAUUUGCUGUCAGCGUACGAUAGUAGACUGGAUUUGUACCUUCGCAUAUCCCUUCCUGAUUGACAAGUGCAAGGAAGAGAGCUUGGGGGAGAGAUUAACGGUGACGUUGACUGGUGCUGUGAAGACGGCCACGAAACGGAAGUGGGAGGCGAUCUUCAAGGGCCAGCGCCAUCACGACCAGGAAGCGGCGUUGAAAGUCAUUCUUGAUACCCCGGAUGAGGCACUGUGA